AUGUCCCAUAUAACCUUCUCGAACUCUGAGUCCAGGUCGGGCAACUAUCAUGCUCCUCGGGAUUCCCUAGAAUUGGCGUCGUUGGCAUCCUCGCCCGACUCCGCUCCCAGAUCCUCCCGCUUCUCCUCACCUUCGGGCAUCUCAUCGUCGCGCAAGCUUUCCCUCGAAGAUGAAGACCCUCUCACCGGCUCUCACUCACAGACGCAAAUGACCUCGGGCCGACCCCGCUCGGCCCGCUCCUACUCGAUAUCCUCUGCGUUCGACUUCGGGGCGACACUGUUUCCCUUGUCGCAGACGACCGGUGGUUAUGCACCUUUGGGCGUCUCGUCUGCGGAUCGAGAGGCCGGGGUCGCCGACGGGUCUUUAGAAAGGAACAAGACAUUGACGUAUCUCAAUGGUCUGUCUCUGGUUAUUGGGCUGGUGAUCGGCUCGGGUAUCUUUUCAUCUCCCAGCCAGGUCAAUGCCAAUGCGGGGUCGCCUGGUGCGUCGCUGAUUGCGUGGGUGGUUGCUGGCUUACUGGCAUGGACGGGGGCAGCCAGCUACGCGGAGCUAGGAGGGGCAAUUCCUCUAAAUGGUGGCUCCCAGGUAUACCUCUCCAAGAUCUUCGGGGAGUUGGCGGGCUUCUUGUUCACGUGGUGCGCAGUCCUCGUCUUGAAGCCGGGCAGUGCUGCCAUCAUCGCCAUCAUUUUCGGGGAGUACGUCGUUAGGGCCGUAGUGGGUGCCGACGUGGAGACCAUCAAUCCCUGGAUUAACAAAGCCGUUGCUUUCGGCGGAAUAUUCGUUGUGACGCUGUUGAAUUGUAUCUCGACGAGAGUGGCUGCGCGCAUCGGUGACCUCUUCAUGUUCUUCAAGUUUGUUGCGUUGCUCGGCGUCGCAAUUAUCGGCAUCAUUGUGGCAGUCACAGGUCACUCCUCAAAUGGAAGUGCCAACAAAGAAUGGAAGGCCGGGUGGUUUGAGGGUACAAACCUCGACGUAUCAGCAUGGGCUGUAGCCCUGUACGCAGGCCUUUGGGCCUUUGACGGUUGGGACAAUACAAAUUACGUGACUGGCGAAUUUAAGAACCCCAACCGCGAUCUCCCACGGGUGAUCCACACAGCCAUGCCAGUGGUCAUCCUCUGCUAUCUCCUCGCCAACGUCUCCUACAUCCUUGUUCUACCCCAUAGCACCAUCGAAGCGAGUAACACAAUCGCCGUCCAAUUCGGUGACAAGGUGUUUGGCUCCGUCGGAGCCCUAGUCUUCGCGCUGGUGGUAUCUGCAAGCUGCUUCGGCGCUUUGAACGCAACGACCUUCACCAGUGGGCGCUUAGUCUAUGCAGCAGGCAAAGAAGGCUACCUGCCGUCUAUUUUCGGCAAUCUAUGGACUCGGAACACAUUGGCCAAUCGAUUGCAGCGCCGCUCCUGGGUGAGCAAGUCGCUCUCACGGCUAUGCGGAGACGGCACACGGAUCGGCUUCACCCCCAUCAACGCCAUGGCCCUAAACAGCGGUCUCACUAUAGUCUAUGUCAUUGUUGGUGAAUUCAAGACUCUCGUCACCUUUUACGGCGUAGCCGGAUACAUUUUCUACUUUGUCACGGUGCUUGGCCUGAUUAUUCUCCGCGUGCGGGAACCCUACCUACAUCGCCCCUACAAAACUUGGAUUUCGACCCCCAUCAUCUUCUGCUGCGUGAGCCUUUUCCUUCUCAGCCGGGCCAUUAUCGCCGAACCGCUGCAGACAUUGAUUGUCGUCGCCUUUAUCGUGGCCGGUGUCCCCGUUUACUACUGGCGCAUUUACAAACGCGACGGGCAAAAGGCGUUUCCCAACUGGAAGUUCUGGCAGCGCCGGUGA